GCGGCCGCGCUCGGCUAGGACCCUGCCCGCUUCGUCGGAAGUGCGCGGCGUGGGCGGUGCAUGGCAGGACUACAAGAGCGGGAGGGGGCUUUGUAAGGGGCGUGUAUGAGGUCGAUCGAGCGCCUCUCUCCGCUGGUGGGGCGGGAGAGGGGCGGGCACGCGAGCGAGCUGCCGCCGGUGAGCGAGCAAUGGAGGCCGCCGCCGCCGCCGCUUCGUUGCCUAGGCUUAAGCGGGAGUCGCCGCCGCCUCCUUCCGCGGGUGCCAGCAGCCGGGUCUGGAGACUUAGCAACCUGGUCAUGGCCGUCUUCUUCGGACUCGCCGGGGCCGUGCAGGUCGGGGAUGGUGCUGCGCUGGGCGGAGGAGGAGGGCGAGAAAAUUGUGCAAGGAGCACCUUGGCUGUGCGGGUGGGCGAAGGUCGGUCGCAGGGUUGCAGCUGGCCGGUUUCCAGGGCAGGGCGAAGGGUAACGAGGAAAGGGCGUUCAGGACUGCAGCUUUGGAGAGGUUUGAAGCGGGAGUGGCGCAGGCGAGAAGGGAAAAUCGACCGCACACCUUUCUUUCAUCAUCACAGAAGGUUAUGUGGGAAAAGGAGCAUUUUUCUCUAUUAUGUUUAUUUAUUUGGGGCAAUAAACCUGCUCUCCCAUCUCCACAGAAACAAAGCAACCAUAAUCCCGUCGUUAAAAGCAAGUUAGAUGCAUUAAAAAGUCACAGCAUCUCAACACGAAACACACUGAAAACAAACAAACAAAACCAAGAGAGCCAGGACUAACGCAUCAGAAUCAGAACAGCCAUGAAAUCAAAAGCUUUCUGAAGACGAAAAGGCUUUUAAGUGGUGGCAGAAAACAAGUAGGGAGGGAGAUAGAUAAGAUCUCUCAGGGCAGGGGUACCAUUUUACAAAGUGCCACCACAGGGAAGGCUCUCUCACAUGCUGUCACACAACGCAGAAGGCAGGGGAGCAGGCAAGAGGAUCUGUUUAUUUUCAAGAUAUGGGCAGAUACAGGCGGGAGGAGAUGGUCUUUCAAAUAGCUUGGUCUAAGGCUCCAUUUUGAAGGGUUUUAAUGACCAUCUUGGAUUAUAUUUGGAACAGUUUACCUAUGCAGUUAUGUAGCUUUUUAAAAAAGAGGGAAGAAGCUCCAGGUUACUUCCUACCAGCAAUACACCUUGCCCCUCAAUAACAUCCUUCUUUGUUCCAAUUUUCCCUUCCCCCACCUUCUUUCCCUUACUUAAAUUGAUUUAGUUCUGAAACUGGUUGUGAUCAAGUCUAGUCUAUUUCACUACUCCAAUGAUUUGGACAAUACUUUAGGAUAAACAGGUGACAUUGGGGAAAUAAAGCAAUUUCUCCCCCUGCCACAGUAAGACUUCAUUCUCCCCAUUAUAUUUAUGUAGUUUUCAAGCUAUGAAUGCUGGAUUAGGAAAUAUAUCACUUACUAAGAGUAAGCAGAAUCAGUCUUCUGCUCUAAAAACUGCCUAGGGGAAAACAGUAUGUGCACAGUUUAUAUCUUCCUGAGUUGUUAUUUUGGUAAAAUAUGCAAUUCAUUUAUAUCCUAUUAGCAAUCUGCUGACAGUACCUGAAAAAAAAUAGCUAGACUGUUGUCCUUAGUUCCACUAAGGCUGCAGCCCCAAACACAUUUACUAGAGAAUACCCCCCCACACACCCCCAUUUUACUUCUGGAUUUACUCUUGGGUACAGAAAUGCUCUAGAAGACAGCACUGGGUAUAUGUUUGGGUUUUUUAAUCUGCAAAAUUCCACAGGUAUCUGCUUACAGUUGCCCAUUUCACACUGAGCAAGGCUCACCAACAAUUUAUCCUGGAGUCUUCGAUAUGAAUGCUCAGGAUUAACUGAUUUACGGAUCAGUUGGAAGGAUUUUUAUGCUAUGCACAAUUUAAUGUUUUUAGCAAUGUUUCCUGCCUUCUUUGUUGCAGGUCAAUGACCCAGAUCCAGGACUCUGGAUAGUGAGUAUAAAUUCAGAGGCUAUUACAAGUACUAGAGAACUUGACAUUGUCGGAGGUGUCUUGUCAGGCAGCCCCAUUGAAUUUCAAGCCAUGUCAUCUGUCUGCAGUGCUUUUGCAGCUUGAUCAAAACUCCUUCUAUAAUUGGCUUUGGGCUGUUGCUCAGUGACACUGUGUUCUAACAUGACACUUUAUUUUUGUUGUUGUGGAUUUACAUUAUAUAAAUAUUUAUAGAAUAGCUUACAGAUAAGACAACAGAAUAGAUUGCAAAAACGACUGUAAAAGCAGCAUAAAACAGUGCAAUAUAAUUAAAGAGUUUCAAGUGCUGGGGAAAUAAGACUUGGUGCUAGAGAUGCAGUAUUUUUUUUACAAAACCUACCUGCUUUUUGAGGAACUUCAUUCACAAAGUGGCUUACAAUCUUCAAUAUCAGAGUAAGCACUGGGGAAACCUCCCUGGAGAGAGGGUUUCAUAGGUACAGAUUGCCACUAAGAACUCUGUUGGAUGAGGCCAAGGUCUCAUCUAAUCCAACAUGCUGUUCUCUCAGUGCCCAACCAGAUGCCUGAAAAGGCCCCUUUCCCCUUAUCAUCACGUUUCACUUUAGAUGGCACCUGGAGGACGACCUUUGAAGAUGAUCUCAGUGAACUGGGAGGCUGGAUUCUUCAGGAAUCCAAGCUUCAAGACAUCCAGAGCUCUAAAGGCAAGCACCAGCUCCUUAAACUGUGUGCAGAAGCAGGCCUGCCGUUGGUUAAGCACCAGCAAGAUAUAUUCCCACCACCUGGUCACCAUUAUAGUCCUUACUGCUGUGCUUUGAACCAAUGGCAGCUUCCAAACAAUCUUCAGAACAGCCCCAUGUACAACACAUUAGACUACUGUAAUUUGGAGAUUCCAGAGCACAAACCACCUCUGUCCAAACCACCUCUGUCAAGGUGUGCAUCACCUUUUACUGUGAAAGAUGCUCAGUGCCACGGAGGCCACUGGGGCCUCUUAUGACAAUGCUGUAAUUAAAACAACCCUCAAAAUGCAAACCUCCUUUAGGGGCAGUCCAGCCUUGCCUAGAACUGAUCAAAUAUACAUCCUCCAGGCAACAGAACCACUAGCAGCAGUAAGCAUCUCACUUGCAAUCAUCUCAUCAGACUGCAUUGUUCUCUUUGUAUUGAUGAUGACAUGGGCCGUUUCUUCAGCAGACUCUUUUGCCUUUAUGAAUAGUUUUGUGAUCCAAGGGGCCGCCUUUGCACAAAUGAAGCAUCCCUUUCCUUCCAGGAUCUUGUAUACUCUCUCUUCCUGGGAGGCAAGCACCCAUUCCUUCCUUAUUAUUCCUGGUGUGGUUAUCUGGGGGCAUCAGAUUGGCUCUUCUAUCGGUCUGGUAACCAGGAUGGAGUAUGUUGUCUUCCUUGUAACUGCCUUCAAUUUCUACUUAGUAGAUUCGUUCUAUCUCACUCUCAGGUUGCCUACUCUGUACCUGCAGCUCUCACACUGGUUGUCGGCCUUAGUCCACCAAUUGCAGGUACAGUAUUAGAUUCCCUCUUCCAAUCCCCAAAUCAAUUGGACCAUUCACCUCUUCCUCUUUGUUAUAUUAAUUUUGCUUAUAAUUUGAGGGCAGGGGAGGUCUUUAUGUCUUGCCUAUGUUCAGACUACUAUUUAACAUUUAUUUAGUUCCAAAGUACUGCUAGAUGCUGUACAGAACAAAUAUGUAGUGAAGAUGCUGGGUGGGGAUAUUAGACCUUUCAUCAGAUUCAUUGAUGGGAACUCUUAAAUGCUUCAAAACACCCUUCAUUAGGAUACACAAUCUGAACAACACAUAUUGUGCCUAUUCAUUUCCAACUUCUCCCUCCUCUAAAGGAUCUUGGGUAUGCUGAGCAUUAAUUCCCUUUAUCACCCUACUGACAUCCAGGCUGUUCUUUUUUGAAAGCUUGUUUAUUUAUAGUAAUAGCUUGCAUUAUUUUUGUCCAUUUCACUGAAAUGCCUCUUUAAGUUCCUUGUUUUAAAAUUACCUAUGAUUUAAUUUCAUUACUAACUUGUUCCAAGUUAAGAGAAAUCUGUAUUUUUUUGAAACAUAUUGUCCUAUUUUACUAUUAUUUCUUUCUUUCUCUCUCUCUCUCUCUCUCUCUAUCUCUCGGAAUGAUGAAUUCUUCCAUAUCCUGAUCGCUUUCUCCCAGAUGUCACAUCUUAACCAAUUAUUUACUCGAAGUCAAAAUUUCAUUUGUUGUGGCGUGUCAGCUGUUUCUUCUGCUUUCUGCAAUAUAAAGUAAUCUCUUGCAUAUAUUAACUAUUUGCUAAAUCCAGUCAUUUUAGAUAUUUUAUGCCUGCAUGAAGGAUCUCUCUUUUUGUUCUCUGCUUGGUGAUCUUUAGUACAUACCAAGUAUAAAAUCACUUGUGGCACAAUCCUAUGCAUGUUCAGUUCAGUGAGCCAAACUCUGUAGAGGAUUGCAGUUUCCUCCUUAUUGUUGUUUGAAGGCCUUCUGAAGAGACACAUCCAAGGAAAAUGAAUUCAGUAACAGUCGGUAGAUCCAGACUAAGUUAGUUGAACUUAAUUCCCACUAAUCAUUGUGAACUAAAUCAUGACCAACUUGUCCAGUUGGUUUCAUCGGGACCUAAGUUCAACUAACUUGGGCUACAGUCCUAUUUCCACUUCCUAGGAGUAAGGCCCAUUGAACUCAGUGGAGCUUAUUUCUGAGUGGGCCUGUAUAGGUUUGCACUGUUAGUUUGGAAAUGUAAAUUCUAUUGAAAUUUGUACCAGUGACUUACCACUUUCCUUAGACAAUAUUGUGUGGCGGAGUCUGUCAGAUCUACAUUCAGCUGCUUGUCUUGUGGGUUCUGCCAUCUUGGGGUAUUCCUUGUUUACUAAUGCUCAGGAAAGCAUCUUGCAUGAGGAAGAAGGCAGGUAAGUAAUAAUUUCUUUUUUUCUGCAGUUUCCAUAUUGUCAACCUUCCACUGAAAUUAGAGGUUUCUUCCUAGCAGUCGGAUUCUCACAAGACCCUAACUAUAGGUCUGUUAAGAACCAGAAGCCAGCAGGCUAGCAGACUACCCCAAAAGCACGGGAUUAAAGUUCUGAAAUCCUUGGUUCAAAUUCCACAGAGAUGCAGUUCUGUCAAACUUCUUGACAAAAAGAAAUCACAGAAGAUUUUUCCUACAAUCUGACCUCAUUGUGGCUGCAUACAGCCCACUGGAAGCAGUACUAUAUAAUUGGGAAGGGAUAGGGACUCAAAAUUAAGGAAAUGUCACAACCCCCUGCCCUCCCAUUCUCGCCUCUUCCUCGUCUUCCAUUACUUUAUACAUGUACUAAGCUACUGCCGCAGUGUUGGGCUUAGUGCUAUAGCUUUAAAGUGAGAAACUGUUUGCUUUCCCCCAGAGAAACUGACAUCUGACACUUCUUAUGGUAAGCUUAUUUAUUAUUGUUCUUUGCUGAGUCUGCUUGCAUAUGAUUAAAUUUAUGGACAGCACAUUUGAAUAACUUACAAUCUUUUUCAAAAACAGGGAGUUAUUUGGUCUGUUGAUUGUUACCGUCUGGAUGAGCCUUUGUCGUCAUUCAGCCAAGUGAGUCUUUUAACUUAUUUAUUUCAGCCUUUAGCUAUUUAUAAUAUGUGGAAGAAAUAGUCUUUACUUUAUCAAAGAUAUGGUAUAGCCUUCUUCCCUCAAAAUGACUUUAGUUUUGUGAUGUUUUAGUUUUGUGAUUCGUUUUAUGCCUUAAUGCCGUAAGAUUUUCAGUUUACAAGUCUGUAAACUUGAGCACAUUCAAAUAGUUUGCAUUUUUCUAUAAAGUCUAAUUUAUAGUUAUAAUUCAGCAUGUGUAUUCCAGUUGAGGUAAAAGUAACUCUCAGCAUAUAAAGGAGUGAUUAUGCAUAUUUCUUUGGGGGGUGGAAUAGUUGUUUCCCACACCACCCAAACUUGUGCUUGAGCAAAGCACCCAAUUUUCUUCUCAUUGUAGCCCCCGGAAAAGCUGCUCCUGGGUUUUGUGGGACCCUCUGGAGCAGUGUGGUUCAGGCGGCUGCAGGAGGUAAGGAUUGGCAAAAAUCAGCUACUGUGCCUUUGCAGAAACACUUUCUGGUAGCACAAGCCCACCAUUGGGUGCAGCCCCGUAAAGUUUCAGACAAAAAUCUUUUUUUAAAAAAAUAAAAAUAGAUGAGAUCUCAAUAAGUUGGUUAAGUUCCUGUUAAUUUGACUUGAUUUUCAGUAAAUCGUCUUUUCUUUCCUUCCAGAAAUUCCCUGGGUGGGGUUCACUUGGCCAUUGCAAUCUUCCUCUCCCUUUUCCCCUUUGUAAUGUGGCUGUACAUCUACAUGAAUGCAGAGAUGCGAACAUCCUGGCCGUCUCACUGUAAAACAGUUAUUUAAGAAGGUGGAAAUGAAGGAAUCUGUGUUCUAGCACCUAUUUGCCCAGCUCUGAUUUGUCAGUUGUGCCAAAUCAACAGCGAUCACAGCCAUGGCUGAGAUCAGUUUGUUCCCUCGAGAGUCUGGUUUUAAAUUGUCUGUUAUGUUCUUGAAUCCUGGAAGCUGGAGCACAAUUUGAGUGGAAUUUUCUGGAUCCUGAUCUAGAUUUUCAAGGAAAGAAUAUAUCUGCAAUAAGGCCACGUGGGUUAGGACUGCAUUAACUAUAGGCCCUUGGUACCUGCAAGGGAUUGGAUCAAAUGAAAUAGGUGCUUCUGCGGAAGCAGCUGGAGUCUAGAGGUGAUUUGAACGUACUGCUGAAACCAGCAGAGCUGAAGCUGCAGAACAGCCUUGAAGGGACAGCAGUGUUUGUAUGUUUUACAGACUGUAAUUAAAACUACUUGUAAUAG